UUGGCUGCGGGGGGCGUUCACGUGAAAGGGGGUCUGGGAGGGAAGCCCGAGUCCCGAGAGGUGGCCGGGAAGUUAAAGGGGGCAGCACGGGCGCGCGGAGCCCGACUCCCGGUGACUGGCCGGAGGGAGGAGGCGAGCGGGCGGCUCUCCGGCACCGACAAACGCGGCUGCCCACCGGGGGGCGCGAACCCGACCCCCGUCUCCGCCGCGGUCCCUGUCACCCCGGCGCGGAUGCUGCCGCGGGCUGGCGCGUCUGCCCUCGGGACUUAUGAGCUGUACCCGCCUAUUCAUCUAGCCCAAUGAUGGCUGUGGACAUAGAGUACAGAUACAACUGCAUGGCUCCUUCUUUGCGCCGAGAGAGGUUUGCCUUCAAGAUCUCACCAAAGCCCAGCAAGCCUCUGAGGCCUUGCAUUCAGCUGAGCAGCAAGAAUGAAGCCAGUGGGAAGGUGGCCCCAGCGGUCCAGGAGAAGAAGGUAAAAAAGCGGGUGUCCUUCGCAGACAACCAAGGCCUGGCCCUGACAAUGGUCAAAGUGUUCUCGGAAUUCGAUGACCCGCUAGAUAUCCCAUUCAACAUCACCGAGCUCCUAGACAACAUUGUGAGCUUGACGACAGCAGAGAGCGAGAGCUUUGUUCUGGAUUUUUCCCAGCCUUCUGCAGAUUACCUAGACUUUAGAAAUCGACUUCAGGCCGACCAUGUCUGCCUCGAGAACUGUGUGCUGAAGGACAAGGCCAUCGCGGGCACUGUGAAGGUCCAGAAUCUUGCAUUUGAGAAGACCGUGAAAAUAAGGAUGACGUUUGACACUUGGAAAAGCUUCACAGACUUCCCCUGUCGGUACGUGAAGGACACUUACGCCGGUUCAGACAGGGACACAUUCUCCUUCGACAUCAGCUUACCUGAGAAGAUUCAGUCUUAUGAGAGAAUGGAGUUUGCUGUGUGCUACGAGUGCAAUGGACAGACUCACUGGGACAGCAACAGGGGCAAAAACUACAGGAUCAUCCGGGCUGAGUUAAAAUCCACUCAGGGGACAAUUGAGCCACACAACGGAUAUUCCGAUUUGGGAAUAUCCUUUGACCAGUUCGGAAGCCCUCGGUGUUCCUACGGCCUGUUUCCUGAGUGGCCGAGUUAUUUAGGAUAUGAAAAGCUAGGGCCCUACUACUAGUGACCGCAGGGCCUGGUGGGGCCGCUGAGGACAAUCCUGGCUCUGCUCACUACGCAUUGGAG